AUGCAGAGGUCCUCCACAGCUAUCUGGCAAGCAUUGACGCUACCCAGCCACCAUGGUCAUUCGGGGACAAGAAGCGUCCGUACAGAUUUCGAGUCGAGUCUGUCGGCAGGUCUUAUACCCUUCCACCUCGAAAAGCUACCCUCCCAAAGGACGUCGAAGUGCCCGAGACCGGCCUCAUCCUGCACUCCCCUCUCGCCGCUCAGCCCCUCUUCUACCCUGUAUCCGGAUGGCCUCAUCAACACUGAUUGGCUUCAGAAGCACCAAGAACGCGUUCCCAGUGUCUAUCUGUGCUUUUAUACGCUCACCUCGGACCAAGGCCGAGCAACGCUCCUCGACAACCAGCUCAAGACCGAUAUCAAUGCCAUCAAGGCUGAAAUUGCGAAAUCGGGCUACAAGACUAAACUAGCCGUUGCGCUCAUGAGCGAAACGGCGCCCCUACCGCAAUCCCUCACCCAGAGUAUCCAGGAACGCCUGGAAAACAUUCGCAAGGGAACUGGGCUCGAUACGGGACGGUCCAUCUUUUACAUUGCGCCUAGAGAGUCACCCGAAGAGCUUACGCAAGCUGCCGAUACGAUCCUCACGGCUCUUUACCCGCAGUCGAUAGAAUACUACCGAGAUCUAGGCCUGAGGUACGAUUUCAAAUCUGGCGUGUUUGCAGAGUUUCGUCAGGAAGCUGAGGCUGCUAUGCGAGCCUACGAGCAGGCAUACGACGGGUUGCUAGGCGACGACGUAUGGGACUUGAUACCGAGCUGGAGUCCGCGGUGGAAUGAAGCUCGCCUCCUCUGCGACAUCAUAGCGAUCCGUGUACUCCGCUGUUUCUUGUGGAACGAACAAACGUCAAUGGCAGUCUCGAGGUGGCAGGCCCAUCGCGACCGCAUCGGGGAUUUCAUCGACCAGCGAGGGCAAGGCACUAAUAAUUAUGGCUGGAAAGCUUGGGAGACGAGGUGGUCUUUGGUGAUGGCGAACCUUGUCGAAAGAGUGGGUAUUCCCGCUCUCGGCUCAUCUACCGGGAUGCUCUUCCUUCAGCCUGAGAAAGCUGCGUGGCACACGGCCGCUCGGAGAGCUUUGGCGCACAAGAUGCCAGAGGAAGACCGUGAAGAACCGACAGCUCCAUCGUCUGCCGCUCCGCAAAAGGCAGGGUACCUCUACGACACGUAUCUGUGCCCAGAGCCUUGGGAGGAGUUGCCGGUGGGCAAGGUGGGGGUGGACUAUUCUCAAUUAAUCAUUGACUGCCUGAUGGCGGCAAGGGGGCAAUUCGAGGCCCACGGGCAGUACCGCCUAGUUGCCGAAGUCUCCUUAGAAUGCGCGAGGGAGUCCGCGAAGCUAAAGCAAUGGGAGGAUGUGAUAGCGCUCUUGAGACCAGUUUGGGAAGACAUGCCUUUUCGGAAGGAGGGCUGGAACGACAUAGUAGAAGAUGUGAACUGGACACUGCGAGCGGCGGCUGCUGAGAAAGGUCUAGGAGAGCUCGUUCUCGCCAUUGACUGGGAGCUAUUGCAUAGAAGAUUUACAAGGCGAAAAGGUUGGGCUUACGACCUGUCCCAGUCUCUUGCAGGCCUCACCCUGGCCUCCAGGCCCAUUGCCAGACUUGCCGACGACACCGUCUCCUCGUUUGUCACCGCUUCUUUCGUUUUCAGGGCUAGUGAAGGUAGAGCAGGCGAGGUCUCCGCGGCGCAACUCGUUAUCGCUUCAGAUGCGGUUGCGGAAUCUGUGGCUGUGCCAAUCUCUUCCCUAAAAGUGGAAUUUGAAGGGGGCCUGAAAACCAUAUUAUUGACACACGACCCAAACGCCUCCGGGCCCAUUGUUGUUAAGCGUAAUGUGGCCGUGACCAAAGUUCCACUGAAGGAGCAAGAAACCGAGUCCGAUGCAGAGGCCGCCGAGGGCGACGAUGACGAUGACGACGAAGACGACGGAGAGGAGCGAACGCUGCUAUGCGGCUCUGCUAAUCUUACGCUCGGUGCCGGGCAGAGUAGGGCCUAUGACCUCGCGAUUCCGUUGCGAGAGCCGGGCGAGGCCCGCGCCACCUCGGUCCUAAUCAGUGUCAAUAAGGAGGCAUUUAGGAUUGACUACAGCGUCACGCUACCCGAGACGAGUAAUGGAAAUGUGUGGGUUGAAGCCUCUGGGUUCCACAGGAUGAUUGGUCGACCUGAUGGCCAAAAGAUCCAGGUCCAGCCGCGACCGCCCAAGAUGGAGAUUAAGCUCGUGGGUGCCUUGGAGCAAUAUUAUGCGAACGAGAGGAUUUCCCUCAUGUUCGAGGUCGGGAACGAGGAGGAUGAAGAUGCAGUUACAAACAAGGUCUCGGUGGAGGUCGCGCUGGACGAGGUGCUACAACCAGCAUCUUUGGAGUUUGGCAUCAGGGUGUCAUACCACUUGGCAUCUGAUCCGGGAACCCGGAUCCUUCAAAAGGAGACGUUUACGAUCAACGUAGUGAGCCCUUUCGAGGCCAACUACGAAUUGCUGCCUCGGGUACACUUGGACCCGUGGCCUAGCCUUUUCGAUCCGGAAACCAUACAGGAUCUCUCCGACGAAGACGGCACUGCGAAGCUGGCGCUUGGACUAGCUCAGAGGUGGUGCCUCCGGUGCCGCUACGCCUCAUUUGCCACGGAAGAGCUGCGUGUGGUGGGUCUCGAGGCCCAAAUUUUAUCUAGCACCCCGGGAACGCGUUGCUCGGUCAAGGGCGGACCGACGCUACCGGCCGAGGGGCUCGAGGUGCAGCCGCGCGUGAUGCACGACGCCGAGUUCGACAUCAUGGCGCAGAAGCUCAGCCUAGACGACCGCAACUCGGCGCGUGUCGAGGCAGCCCUCGUCAUCAAGUGGCGGCGGGCCAACGACAGCAAUGGCUUGACCAUCAACACAACAACGAUGCCCGUGCCGGCGUACACGAUGCUCAGCACAGAACCGCGCGUGCUCGCGUCCCUAUCGAAACCGCUCCUGAUACCCGACGAGGCGCUCGGGCCAGACGAGCUGGUGGACCUCGACAUCACAAUCGAGAACCCGUCGGGCCACUUCCUCACGUUUGGGCUGACGAUGGAGCCGAGCGAUGAGUUUGCCUUUUCCGGGGCCAAGAAGACGACGGUGCACGUGUUGCCUGUGGCGCGGCGCACGGUCUCGUACCGCGUGCUGCCACUGGUGCGAGGAGAUUUUUGA